AUGGAUAAUGAAAUGGAUAGUUCUCUAACACAAUAUCGGUCAUCGACAAGUUUCAAUACAAAUUAUCAAACAAUAUCAGAUAAACAACAAAUUCAACAAUCACAAAUUUCGCCCGAACAAUUAAAAGAAAAAUUACGUAAACAAUUAGAAUAUUAUUUUUCAAAAGAAAAUAUAAUUAAUGAUAUUUAUUUACAAUCACAAAUGGAUGCUGAUAAUUAUGUACCUAUAGCAAUGAUUGCAAAUUUUAAACUGAUUAAACGUCUUACACAUGAUUUACAAUUAAUUACUAAUGUUCUUAAGGAAUCACCGUUAGUUGAAGUUGAUACUGAAGAAAAAAAAGUUCGUUCAUCUGAUAAAAUUUAUUUACCAACACGAAAACGUUGUAUUAUUAUAUUACGUAAUGUCCCAUUAAAUGCAACAGAAAAUGAAAUUUUAGAAAUAUUUAUAAAUGAAUCUUGUCCUGUAUCAGCAAUUGGAUGUGAACGAGUAUUAGAAUCUGAUCAUUCAGAUUGUUGGUAUGUUACAUUUAAUAGUGAAGAUGAUGCUCAAAAUGCAUUUUUAUAUUUAACACGAGAAAAUAUUUCAAUACAUGGUCAAAAAAUAUUGGCUCGAAUGAAAGCAUGUCUCUGGCAAAAACCUGUCGUUUCACCAAGCGAUAAUAUAAUAAAACCAUCUAUACCAUCGAAAUCUUCACCAAUCUCAACACAAGAACGAUAUGCUCCUGUCUAUCUUCAAUCAAUACCUACUAGUCAUACAAAUCAAUCAUCAUUUCUUCGAAAUAUACCUCAACAACAUACAACAAUUCAUUAUCAUCCCACACAAAUAUUACAACACCACCAACAACAACAACAACAUUUACCUAUGAGUUAUAAUAUUUUACAACAUCCACAUAAUCUAUCAUCAACACAUCCAUUUGCCACAAAUCCACAACCAAUAAAUAUGAAUUUUUAUCCGCAAACACAAUUUGUUAAUAGAAAUCAUCAUGUUUUUCCAACAAAUUUUUGGUAUAUACCACCAACAAUGGAUUCAUAUUCACCAAUGGCAUACAAUGGUAAUCAUAAACAUAAACAUCGAGUGAUACCGCCAAAACCUCGGAUUAACAAUAACGCAACAAAACCAAUUUCGAACAAUGAAGGAAGUUCAAUAAUUAACAAUCCUUUAGAUAAUUCUUGUCAAAGCAAUACUACUUCACCUGUUGAAGAGAAUCAUUCAUCAUUAUCUCAAAAUGAAAUAAUAGUUAAUCAUUCGAACGAUUUAAAUACAUCUUCUAUUGAUGAUCAUCAAAAUUCUGAUACAUUACAAUCACCACAAACGGAAAAACAAAUAACAAUUACAUCUGAUUCUAAUAAUCAAUAG